AUGACUGCUCAAGUAACCCUGGAGGAUGCCUUGUCCAAUGUGGAUCUCUUGGAGGAAUUACCAUUGCCAGAUCAGCAACCAUGUAUCGAACCCCCGCCAUCAUCUCUGCUUUACCAGCCAAACUUCAACACUAAUUUUGAAGACAGAAAUGCAUUUGUCACUGGCAUUGCAAGAUACAUUGAGCAAGCUACAGUCCAUUCUAGUAUGAAUGAAAUGCUAGAAGAGGGUCAGGAAUAUGCAGUCAUGUUAUACACAUGGAGAAGCUGUUCGAGAGCCAUUCCUCAGGUCAAGUGCAACGAGCAGCCUAACAGAGUAGAAAUUUAUGAGAAAACUGUCGAAGUUUUGGAGCCAGAAGUCACAAAACUGAUGAAUUUUAUGUAUUUUCAGAGAAACGCGAUUGAACGAUUUUGUGGGGAGGUGAGACGCUUGUGCCAUGCGGAGAGGAGGAAGGACUUUGUGUCUGAAGCAUAUCUGAUCACACUGGGCAAAUUCAUCAACAUGUUUGCGGUAUUGGAUGAGCUGAAAAAUAUGAAGUGCAGCGUGAAGAAUGACCAUUCAGCCUACAAGCGAGCUGCUCAGUUCCUGCGGAAAAUGGCAGAUCCUCAGUCCAUUCAAGAAUCACAGAACCUCUCCAUGUUCCUUGCCAAUCACAACAAGAUAACACAAUCUUUACAGCAGCAGUUGGAGGUGAUCGUUGGCUAUGAAGAACUGCUUGCAGAUAUUGUAAAUUUGUGUGUGGACUACUAUGAGAACAAAAUGUAUCUAACGCCCAGUGAGAAACAUAUGCUUUUGAAAGUUAUGGGCUUUGGACUGUACCUGAUGGAUGGAAGUGUCAGUAACAUCUAUAAGCUGGAUGCAAAGAAAAGGAUAAAUUUAGCCAAGAUAGACAAGUUCUUUAAGCAGUUGCAGGUUGUCCCACUGUUUGGUGACAUGCAAAUUGAACUUGCAAGAUACAUUAAGACCAGUGCCCAUUAUGAGGAAAAUAAGUCCAGAUGGACGUGCACGUCUUCCAGCAGCAGUCCUCAAUACAAUAUAUGUGAGCAGAUGAUCCAAAUCAGAGACGACCAUAUGCGUUUCAUUUCAGAACUGGCUCGUUACAGCAACAGUGAGGUGGUGACUGGGUCUGGUCGACAGGAAGCUCAAAAAACAGAUGCGGAGUAUCGGAAGCUCUUUGAUCUCUCUCUCCAAGGCCUGCAGCUUCUCUCCCAGUGGAGUGCACAUGUCAUGGAAGUGUAUUCCUGGAAGCUGGUACACCCAACUGACAAAUAUUCUAAUAAAGAUUGUCCUGACAAUGCAGAAGAGUAUGAAAGAGCAACAAGAUACAAUUAUACUAGCGAGGAGAAGUUUGCUUUGGUUGAGGUGAUUGCCAUGAUCAAAGGUCUUCAGGUGCUGAUGGGAAGGAUGGAAAGUGUUUUCAAUCAUGCCAUUCGCCAUACCAUUUAUGCAGCUCUUCAAGACUUUGCCCAGGUCACGCUUAGAGAGCCGUUAAGACAAGCCAUUAAAAAGAAGAAAAAUGUCAUUCAGAGUGUUUUGCAGGCCAUCAGAAAGACAGUCUGUGACUGGGAGGCUGGUCACGAGCCGUUCAAUGACCCAGCUCUAAGGGGAGAGAAGGACCCCAAAAGUGGUUUUGACAUCAAGGUCCCAAGGCGUGCAGUGGGACCCUCCAGCACUCAGCUUUACAUGGUGAGAACUAUGUUAGAGUCCCUCAUUGCUGACAAAAGUGGUUCCAAGAAAACCUUGAGAAGUAGCCUUGAGGGGCCCACCAUAUUGGACAUAGAAAAAUUCCAUCGCGAGUCUUUCUUCUACACUCAUUUGAUAAAUUUCAGUGAAACCCUGCAGCAAUGCUGUGAUCUGUCCCAGCUGUGGUUCAGGGAAUUCUUCUUAGAGCUGACCAUGGGCAGAAGAAUCCAGUUUCCCAUUGAGAUGUCCAUGCCUUGGAUUCUGACAGAUCAUAUUUUGGAGACCAAAGAGGCAUCAAUGAUGGAGUAUGUUCUCUAUUCUUUGGACCUUUAUAAUGACAGUGCUCAUUAUGCACUUACUAAAUUUAAGAAGCAGUUCCUCUAUGAUGAGAUUGAGGCAGAGGUAAACCUAUGUUUUGACCAAUUUGUCUACAAGCUGGCAGACCAAAUAUUUGCGUACUACAAGGCAAUGGCUGGCAGCCUGCUUCUGGAAAAACGAUUACGUUCAGAAUGCAAGAAUCAGGGAGCAACCAUUCAGUUGCUACAGUCCAACCGCUAUGAGACACUGCUGAAACAGAGACAUGUCCAACUUCUUGGUAGGUCAAUAGACCUGAACCGACUGAUUACUCAGCGAAUUUCAGCAGCCAUGUAUAGGUCAAUGGAACUGGCAAUUGGUCGAUUUGAAAGUGAGGACUUGACUUCCAUUGUGGUGAGUGUUGUGUUGCAGUUUUGCCGGAGCACUAACACUGCA